UUUCAUCCUCGUUUAAUUAAAUAUUUCGUCUCACUGUUCAUUAAGAUGAAACAAACAGUAUUCGGACACAUAGGAUCACUGCAAAUGAUCCUAUGUAUAAUAUAAUAACAGUGACCUUAGGGGGGUAUAAUAACAGUGACCUUAUUCACAACUUUGUCAGACACAUGUCAAGCAAACAGGACUGUGUCACAGAAAGUAGGACAGAUCGAUGUGUCAUGACCCUCAGUUUAGAACAGAACAAAGGACUCCUUUAAACAUUAGUCAGAUUUUCAGAGAGGAAUAAAAGAUCUUCCACCCUGUCUGAGGACGGGCAGUUCGCGGGACCCGACCCUCCCCAGGAUCAAACCUCAAGCCUGGAGGAGAGGAGCAGUGGGUCCAGCCCCUGGCAGACCACUAGUCUAGCCGAGUCCUGGGCAUCUGUUAGUGACAUGGAGCCACAGCUUGGAAGUCUAGAGACCAGUGAGAUGGUCCUAGUUCAAGAGGACCACACUGAGAACCACUUCUCCACCUCUGACAUCAUCCACCUAGAGGCGGAGCUUCACGAGAGGAUGGAGUCAGAUGAGGAUGAGGACCUUCAGAGCAGCAUGCUGAGCAUGAUCGGCAGCGUCAGGGAGCUGGAAGAGAUUGGAGCACUUCCUGCAGAAUCAGAUCUCAAGCCCCCCCAGACUGUGGAGCUCCUGAUGUGUGUGGAAGAGGAGCCAGUUGUGGAGGAAAUUGAGCCAGAAUUGGCUUCUGAGCCAGUUUUCUCUCACACCCCUCUUAUGUCUGAGCCUUUAGAUUUUACACUGGCUUCAGUUCCCAUACCUGAAAUCAUCUCACAGGUUUUAGAUCAUCUCCCACCCUCCGCAGUCUCACACUUAGAAGAACCUCACACCUCUGAAUCAGGCUCUAUUAAUGCACCAAGUGUGUCAGCGUCAUCUGUAGAAGAGGUUGUUCCAAAAGCAGACCCACUUUCAGCCCCACCCUUUGAACUUCCUGUGCUGCUGGUUGGUGGCGCUGCCCUGGUGGCGGUAGUGGGAAUAAUUACAUACACCUUGAUUAAAAAGUAGCAGGACUGUGUAUCUCUUUAUUAGUGUCAAAACUGUACACCAUUUCAACAAAUUGUAUUAUGUGACAUAAAAAAUACAGUGUUAUUCAA